AUGACACCCUGCAUGUCCUCCCAACUGGGCCCUUUGGUCAACCUCUUUCUCUUCCGGCUCUCCUUCGAUCAGCUGAAUCGGUGGUUUUUGCUGCGCCUGCUGCUCCUGUCAUCCUUCGUUGCGGCAGGAAUCUUGCUGACUCGGAAGCUCAAGAAACGACUGGCCCUGCGCUUCGAAAUGUUCACGUACACAGGCAGCACUCUGGUAAUUGGAUUUGUCGGCGUGGUCGUGAGCCUCAUUCUCAGCGCGAAGGUGUACAACUUCAUUCGGUGGGCCAUGGUCACCAAACAUGCGGCCUGCGACCAGCCGGUGUGCGAUCCGGAAUGGCUGAGCAACGACCUUCACAUUUCCAACAGCAGUUUCGCGCGACUGACACAGUGUGGAGCUUUCCUGGCAGACAGCCUGGCGGUCUUCUUGGUGCUCGACCUGAUUCUUCAGGAUGAGCGAACCUAUAUCAACAGUGAGCUUUCGAUCUUCGGUAACCGUGACCUCAUCCGUGUCUGGCUGAAGAAUCGUGGCCGCAUUCUCUGGGGCUGCUUUGCUUUAGUCGCUGUUUGGGGAGUCAGCUCCCUUCUGAAGAGCAGCGAAGCGCUCAUCAAGUACCAGACAGCGAGAACUGCGCUCACUGGCGCACACCGCUCCAACAUCGGCCGUAUGGCUGUCGCCGGGCUGCUGCUCAUUAUGGACAUUUGCAUCGUAACCCAAGAUCUGGAUUUUCCUCACUUUGAGAAUUCGGUGGAGCUGAAGAUGCUAGGCACGAACAUUGCAUUUGAAGGCUGCUUUAUCAACUAUAUACAAGUCGUGGUCUCUAUGCUCCUAGAUCUGAAUUGCUUGUACACCAUGGGCUGGUAUACUCCUCUGGACUAUGGGCAGUAUGUCUACAGCGACUCGCAUCACAUCUGUUCCCUCGGCGGGGAGAAUGUGAACUCCACCAUCGAGCACUGGACCUCCUUGGACGGGGAAUAUCGGAAAUCCUGGUAUGACUGUGGUCUCCCAGGUGUUCCGCCGUCAGCAUGCCAGAAGAUGACGUUUCCACAACCGGAUACUUCGACGUGCGAAGGGCCUGACCAUCCGCUGCAAUCUCGGUAUUAUGCCGACGUGAAGAGCCGUGGGGCCUUGGCUGUGCUGCCUUUUGUCCUGGGCCUUUGCCUGCUCUGCAGCCUCUUUCGUUUGGCAGGCCGCUCGGCUGAGAAUCUUUGCCGUCGCGUGGUGAUCUCCAAUGCUUUCGCAGCCAAGAAAUCACAGGAUGCUCGAUCGGUCGAGUUGACGGAAGUGGUGGUUGCGAGCUACGAAAGUCGCCCCUCCAUGAGGAGGGAUCUGCAGGCUGAGGUUGGCGGUUGCCGAUGGCGCUCCAAAGGAUGCAGCGGAGAUUCAUUCAGCUGA